CGCAUGCCCAGCGCCGCCGCCGCGCAUCCGGCCGCUACGGGGCGCGGGCCUGUCGCCACCGGUGGCCGGAUGGAGGAGGAAGAGGAGGAGGAUGGAGGCCGGGGAGCUGCGGGGAGUCCGACGGCGGCGUCCGGCCGUUUCGUGCGGUGCCUUUACGCUGUGGGCUUCCUGGAUUUAUUUGGUGUGAGCAUGGUUGUUCCUUUAAUGAAUCUUCAUAUCAAAUCUCUAGGAGCAAGUCAUACAGUUGCUGGAAUAAUAGGAUCUCUCUAUGGUAUAAUGCAACUAUUUUCCAGCACAUUUGUGGGUUGCUGGAGUGAUAUAGUAGGAAGACGGUAUUCCCUGCUUGCUUGUAUUCUUCUCAGUGCACUGGGUUACUUCCUUCUUGGAACAUCCACCACUGUGUUCCUGUUUGCCCUUUCUAGAGUUCCCGUAGGUAUUUUCAAACACACACUCUCCAUCUCUAAAGCCCUGCUUUCUGACUUGGUUUCUGAGAGAGAUCGCCCGUUAGUGAUGGGACGCUUCAAUGCAGCCUCUAGCGUGGGCUUCAUUCUGGGGCCUGUUGUUGGUGGCUACCUUACAGAGUUGGAAGAUGGCUUUUAUCAAACGUCUUUCAUCUGUGCCUCUAUCUUCCUUCUGAAUGCUGGUCUUGUCUGGAUGUUACCCUGGAGUGAAGAAAACACUGGCAACAGGGAACACCAACAAGGCAACAAAGGAACAGGCAGUUUCUCAGCAAAAGCAAACCGUGACCUGCACUUGAAAUCAACAACUAAUGGAGCUAUGGCAAGCGACAGUCUUUUCCGGUCUCCAUGGAUCCAAGUUGCAACAGUGCUGAAAAGGAUUAAAGGAAUUGCGUGCUCUGAUCUGUGGGAUAUAUUUUUAGUGCGGUUGCUGAUGUCUGUUGCUAUACUGCUGUACUAUAAUAAUUUUAGUCUGGCCUUGGAGGAGAGAUUUGGGGUGAAACCCUUGUUCGCUGGAUACCUAAUGAGCUACAGCAGUGCCCUCGGAGUCCUGGCUGGUUGUCUGCUCGGACCAAUAACAAGACUGUAUCAGCACAACACUUACAGACUUUUGUUGCACUCCAGCACUCUGACCUGCACGUUGAUUCUCCUGUACGCGUCAGCGCUGAGCAUAUGGAUGGUCAUUUUGUCUUCCACGUUCUUAGCUUUUUCCACUACUAUAGGUCGGACUUGUAUCAUUGAUCUUGAACUGACCAUUGGUGGGAAUGAGGCCAGCGGUACGCUCCUAGGUGUUGGACAGUCCGUGACAUCAGUGGGACGUAUAGUUGCCCCACUCCUUUCUGGAAUUGCUCAGGAGUUCAGUCCUUGCGGCCCUCCAAGUCUAGGGGUUGGACUAGCUUUAGCAGCUAUUCUGAUAAUGAACGCAAACAAACAAAAAUACUGUAGCCGUGGAAAUGUUAAGUUAAAAAAUCCAUAGCUGCAAAUUUGGAUUGCAGAGAGAAGUAUCUUACAGGAGAGGCAAAGUGAAUCAACCUUGGGUGGUGUUUACACCUGCCAGGCUAGUACAGUAGGAACAGGAUCUUUUAAGAGGGCAUAUUAUGUUCACGUGGAGUCAAGUACAUACAGUAUUUCUGCGGCAGGAAUGUUAACCGUAGACAAAGGUUAUUCUAACUGGUACCGCUAGAACACUUGUGAGAGGGACAGGUGGUGUUGUAUUCUACGGGAGGGGAUUUUUUUAAUGGAUUUUUAACCUUUUUGGAGGGGAAGAAAAGAAUAUCGUGAAAUACACAAAUCCUGCUUGUAGCUUACAUUUGAAAUGGUGUUUAAAUUGAUGGAUUGUUAAAAGACAGAAAUUGAUUCUUAUUAUUUAAUCAGAGGUGAAUUUUUGUUAUUUAAUCAGGACAAUUUGCAAUAUAGCUCAUUAGCCUUAAUUUCUUAUGCUGUGGUCUGCUGCCAUUUGUCUGCUGUGACAGUAGCUUAAUUAACAGAGUGUUUGCUUAUGUGAUUUUGUUAAGCAUACUUUGUCUACAAAACUUGCUGCGCAGCAUGAUUAGGCACCUCGGGGUAGCCAUCCAAACCCUGCUGAUUCCUGGUCUUUCCCAGGUAACAGGAUUCAUGUAUUAGAAGGCCUAAAAUGGACAAUUUUAGAAUAAUACAGGCUCAUUCAGACUGAAACUGAGACUGAAUGUAAGCUUUAUUGAAACUUAAACUGGUGGUUUCUGUUUGAUAAUAACGUCUACUGAGAAACUUUGUCAUAAAUUAUUUGUUAAUAUUUCCUGUGCAAUUUUUUUUUUACCUUCAUUUUAAGAAUAAAUUUGCUGCUUAAUUCUUUUGAAUGACUGUAAAAGUGUGCUGGAGCAAUUAGCAGUAGUUCAUAGAUCUGGAUUAAUGCAUUCUCUCUCAUUUCUGGAGGCAUAAGUGACGUUUCAGUGACAAGAGAAAAACUUUAUUUUUUUGUAUUUUAGUCUUCAUGUGUCUGCACUGCUUAGGGAAUGAGAGGUUACUUUCAGAGCUAUACUGAGAGUUGUAGCACUCUCCUGUGCUAGUUACUGUUCAAGUUCAUAUUACUUGCCAGUCACCACUGUUUGUAUUUCAUUUGAAACAUGAAAAAUGUAUUUUGCACUGAUAACAUUCCAUAUGCUUUUCCUAGUAUUACCUGACGUAAGUACAAAGUCAGCUAUGUAUAAUUGUUGGGGGUUGAUUAAAAACUAUUUAGUUAUCUCCUUGAACACAUCUGUGCAAAUAGCGUUGCUGCUUCAGGAGAGUCAUCAAUGGUGUUUUGCUUUUUUUUGCCUUUUUUUUUCUUCUUUUUUUUCCUCCUCUUCUUAACCUUUUCUAGUGCCUGCUGUCAUUUAAAUCCUUAUUGAAACCACAGUGAUUCCAGUGGCAGCACCAUGGGAAUAUUUAUAGAAUUCUAAGUUGUUUUAAUUUUAUAUAUUGACAUAAUGAGUGUGUGUCUUACUACUGCUAUGAUUUCAGUACAUAUCCUCAGAGUUCCUUAUUGUAAUAAUCUGUGUUUCAUUUCUCCCUAGGAACUUGAGGCAUUUUCAAGUGUCUUACCUUGUCUUGCUUGGUAGGUGCCCCAAAACAUUCUCACCCUAAAUUUCCUAUUUUCUUUCUUUCCAUCUUCUAAAACCUGUUUUUAUUUGUUUUACCUAAAACCACCCUUCUGUAAGUCGGGGACUUCUGUUUUGCAAUUAUAGCAAGGAGUAAAGGAAAAGGGUAGGAAAAACCACUCAAAAAUUAAUAUAUAUGAAAGAUUUAGUAGUUUUUACUAUACUUUUUGAUUAUAUGAAGUAAUAGAUAACAUUUACCUAAGUUGCUGCACUGAUUAAAGCUGAAUUCUGUAAAUACUAUAAAAUUCAGUUUAUACUAACAUUUAGAGCUGCCUGAAUAUUGCUUUUCUGCUUAUAAAAACUUCAAAACUUCACUGCUUUUGUUUGUAUGUGAGAAAUGUGCUUUCCACAAACAGCAAAUAUUUUUGGUUUAUUUUGAAAAAUAGUUCUCCAUAUAUGCUAAAUAAAAAUGAAAUUAAAUAAUCAAAUUGAGAAAUCUGUGGAAGGCUGCAUUCUCAGGGACAUGUUGCAAGUGAUGUUACAGAAGAAAAGUUUUUUACUUGUAGGCCAAAAUGACUUCUGAAGUGCUGCAGAAACAUUUCUUCUUUGUAAAGCCUCAGUUAGAAAAGUUCCCCUAAUUUUUUUUUUCUUUUAAGGAAUAGAAAUAAAAUGAAGUGACAUUCCACAUCAUACUGUCACUGUGUUUUUUCCCCUCUUCCUCUGCUGAAACUCUAGCACAAAAUAGAGAUGUUCAAGUCAAUAUGAAGCGCAGAUGUUUUUGUGGGUUUUUUUCUUCAAGCUGUUCCUUACAAUGAUCAUUUGAAUCAGCCUACUUUUAUGGUAAAAGGCACAGGAGCCAAUGAUUCAACCAAGAAGUGGCUUGACAGUGAAUGAAAAAGAAGUAAAAGAAAAUAGAGAACUUACCCGUUUUGAGAUGGAGUGCUUAAAGCUACUGUUCCUAGUGCCUGGAGACCAUGUUUGGAUCCCCUGUGUUGUCUCUUAGUUGCCACAACUGUGCAAGUUCAGAGAGUGAUGAGUAAAUGACAUCCCUGAGGCUGAGGAGGUGUGACUCCCCCUUUUAAGUUGAGGAGGAGCAGUUGCAGCUAUUUUUGGCUAUAGUCUAGUGGGCUUUACUGAAUUUACUCAGCAGUUUCUGAAAUCUAGUUGUGGUAUCGGAAGACUGUGACAAACCAGAGAUCUGAAUGUGGACUAAAAAAGUUCCUACCUGCAAAUCACUGCAAAUUAACCUUUUUCUCUUGCUUGCUGUUACUUUAGGUGUGGGUUGGUUUUCUUGGGCUUGUAAGCAGGCUUGGGGUUUUUUGCUUUUUACGUUUUGAAAUUUUCACUUUUUUAACAGUGACUACUUUUCUAACCUUUAUGAUCAGCUGACGUUGAAGACACUGUCUACAACGUAGUAGUUUAUUUCUGUAAAGCAGCUGGUAUCAUACCAUAUGUACUGAUUUUGUUGCUUUUAGAUGAAGCAAAUGUGAAUUCCAUGUUGGUGUAUGCUGCAUAUAUUCAAAGAGAUCCUUUAUAAACAUACCAGUUCUGCAGA